AGCAGGGGGGUGGGUCUGAUAGCUCAGAAGCGGUGGCUGCGGAGCUGGGGUGAGGCGACUGAACUGGGCUGCGGGCCGCUGCAGGGCGCGGCGAGAUGGAGGUGACGAGGAUGACAGCCCCAACAGUGACCGUUUUCAUCAGCAGCUCCCUCAAUAGUUUCCGCUCUGAAAAGCGGUACAGUCGUAGCCUCACGAUCGCAGAGUUCAAGUGUAAACUGGAGUUGGUUGUGGGCAGCCCUGCUUCCUGCAUGCAGCUGGAACUGUACGGUGCUGACGAUAAGUUCUACUGCAAGUUGGAUCAGGAGGAUGCACUGCUGGGCUCCUAUCCUGUAGAUGAUGGCUGCCGCAUCCACGUCAUUGACCACAGUGGUGCCCGCCUUGGAGAGUAUGAGGAUGUGUCCAAGGUGGAGAAAUACGAGAUCUCACAAGAAGCCUAUGAUCAGAAGCAAGGCACCGUUCGCUCCUUCCUGAAGCGCAGCAAGCUUGGCCGAUACAAUGAAGAAGAGCGGGCACAGCAAGAGGCCGAGGCCGCCCAGCGCCUCAUCGAGGAGAAGGCCCUAGCCAGUACCAUCUCUGUGGGCAGCCGCUGUGAGGUGCGGAUGCCAGGGCAGUCCCCUCGUCGGGGCACUGUCAUGUAUGUAGGACUCACAGAUUUCAAGCCUGGCUAUUGGAUUGGUGUCCGCUAUGAUGAACCAUUAGGAAAAAACGAUGGCAGUGUGAAUGGAAAACGCUACUUCGAAUGUCAGGCCAAGUAUGGUGCCUUCGUCAAGCCAUCAGUUGUGACAGUGGGAGAUUUCCCUGAGGAAGACUACGGGCUGGAUGAGAUGUGACAUCCAAGAAAGAUCUCUCCAUUCCAGCUCCUACCACAGCCACCCAUUCAUUGUCUCUCCCGAUGUGUGUUCCCGUGGCCAUCCCCUCCUGACCCCAUUUUAAUUUUAUUUCUCUUUCCCCUGCCAUUGAUUUUUUGAGAUUCAUAUAUUAAAUUCAUCAAAAACCUAGGAAA